UGCCUCCCAGACAAGGAUGAAGUCAAUCCAGUUUUGUUUCCUUUUCUGUUGCUGGAAAGCAAUCUUCUGCAAUAGCUGUGAGCUGACCAACAUCACCAUUGCAGUAGAGAAAGAAGAAUGCCGUUUCUGCAUAAGCAUCAACACCACUUGGUGUGCGGGCUACUGCUAUACCCGGGACUUGGUGUAUAAAGACCCAGCCAGGUCCAACACCCAGAAAACAUGUACCUUCAAAGAGCUGGUGUAUGAGACAGUGAGAGUGCCCGGCUGUGUGCACCAUGAAGAUUCCCUGUAUAUGUACCCAGUGGCCACUGAAUGUCAUUGUGGCAAGUGUGACAGUGACAGCACUGACUGCACUGUGCGAGGCCUGGGCCCCAGCUACUGCUCCUUCAGCGAGAUGAAAGAAUAAAGAAAAUUGGACAUCUUAGACUGCCUACCCUGGUCCUGAGGACCAAGAUACCCAAAAAGUCAGUGUGUGUACAUUGUACCCAGG